UCUGAGCCGGUUGAUGGCCUUAAUUAAUAGUGAAGUUAUUAAAGUGCUGAAUUUAGUUGAAAUCACGAAUAACCAUUGAAAACAUUGAUGUGUUGAAUUACGCUUGUAUAUUUUUCUGGGGAUUAAUGUAGUUCAUUUUACUGGAUUUAGUCGCAGUGAAUGUAUCCAGUUGUAUCAGAUACUUGAUUUUCAUUAACAUGGAAGAACAGUCCGUUAAGAAAAGUCAUAUACCACGUAGAAGACCACUACAAGUUAUGCCGAAAGAGAAGAGGCGUCACUCGUGGGCUCCGACGGGAGGAGGAGGUGGAGGAGGCAGAAUGUCGUUUUCAGGCCGCCUGAACACUCUGACCACCAUUGGCGAGGAGCAGUCCCCCAUCAGUCCGCCUCAGGCUAACAGCACGCGACUUGAUGAUACAAUGUGUCCAUUCGAGAACUUUGAACUCGAAUUGAUGAGAGACAGAAAAUGUGACUUUUCCGACAUAGUGGAGGAUACAAAAUAUUCGAUCCUGGAAGAACCAACUCUCACUGCUCGUGAUGCAACUAUCUAUAAUUGCGACAAAUCUGUCGAUCUCACAUUAGUGAGCCAGAGCCGAACGACACCACGCCACGAGGGCACUCCUCCAUUUGUGCUGCGUCAGCGCAUCAACAGCAUGACAACUAUUGUCCAAGAUGUUGUCAAGGAAUACGACGAACUGCGAGAAUUCACCACUCUCGAAAAGCAGUUUCACACUGAAGAAAUUAACAAUAUAAUUGAAGGACUCAAGCAAGAGAAUUCUUCAUUGAAACUAGAAUUGGAAUCUUCGGAAGAAAAACGUCGUGAAACUGAGGCCAAACUGGAAGCUGCUGACGAAAAAAUAACAUCUCUGGAAAAUGAACUGUUCACCUACAAAGAAAAUAUCUUGGAAAUGGAAGAUAAACUGUUGAAAAACAUGGAUACGGAUCUGCUUCAAGAGUUGGCUGAACUGAAAAUAGUGAAUGCAAGAAUCGAAGAGGAGUUGAAAAUGAAAGCUGAUGAUUUCCAAAAACUCAAAGAACAGGCCGAUGAAGUCAAUACAAAUUAUGUCAAAGUAACAGCAGAAAAAGACAAACUUCAAACAGAUAUUCGUCAACUGAUCAAUAAAGUGAAAGAACUGGAAACCGUAAACUCAGACCUGGAAGUAACACUUGAUCAUAAGAGUAGAAAGUCAAUUGAACGUGAAACGGAGUUGGAAAAUGAACUUAAGGCUGCCUGGCAGGCUUUGGAAAGUCGAGAAAAGAUGAUGAGGAAAGAAGUCAUUGAUAAGGAAUGCUUACAGUUGAAGAAGAUCACCAUUGAAGAUAAGGAGGACGCCUACUGUACUGAUGCAUCAGACGAGAUUGAUAGAACUGUGAACGACUCGAAUCCAGUUGAGGCAACAAAGAACGACACAACUGAGGAUGGUUCAAAGUCACCCGAACCGACUGACGUCACCUUGAACAAUACGACCCUUGACCUGAACGCAACUGUUGAGGCAACUGAGACAAGCAACUUUAUUGCUUGCGAUGCUACCCUUGACCUGAACGCAACUGUUGAGGCAACUGAGAGAAGCAACUUUAUUGCUUGUGAUGCUACCUUCAGCAACAUUUCCAUUUUGAGUCCUGUUGAAACAUCGGACCCGUUGAAGUCGUUCUGCCUCAACGAAUCGAUGAUGCCUGUUGUAAUCCAUGCUGAAGAUGACGAGACAGCCUCGCAAAUCAACACCUCGGUCUUCGAAAACAAAAUUUUAAUUCAGGAUCUGUGCGAUAUGCUCGGCGAUAAAGACCAACUGAAACAGAAAAUAGUUGAAAUGAAAAGUGAAGCGGCGGACAUAUUGAAAGAAUACGAAGACAAGAAGAGCGAUUUGUCAAGAAUAACUGAACAAGUUUCGUCGUAUGAAGCUUUUAUAAAGCAAGUGAAGCAAGCACUGAAUUUAGAAGGCGAUGACAAAUGUAUUGAUGGCAUCGAGAAAGAGAUAAACAACUUGAAAAUGUCCAAAGACAAUAUGGAAGCUAGUUUCAAGUCUGAAAUUGACAAACUUCAGGUCGAGCUCGAUGUGACCAGAAGGUUCGAACAGGUUGUGGUGGAAUUAAGUAGGUUGGUUGAUGCUGAUUCCACAUCUGACGUCGCGUUGACGAAUAAAAUCACCGAUCUGGUUCAAUUUAAAACGCAAUUUGUUUCAAAGCUUGGCAAUGUACUAUUUCCAAAUAGAACUACACCGAUUUCUUCUGAAGAAGAAUUAGUGCUUGCAAUACAGUCUGAUCAUGCAUCAAGGGAUAGAAUGCUGGCAGAUUACAAAGAGAUGUCUGAUGCUUAUGACAAUGUUUUGAGUACUAAACAAUGGGAUCAAGAAAGAGUUGACUUGGUAGAAGAAAAGUUCGAGAAACUUCUUGACGCAUUGGAUUUACCAUUUACGAAAUGUGCAUAUGACUUCCCAAUUGAAGAAGCCGAGCAGAUGAGAAAAGAUGCAAUGAAUGGGGUGUACUACUCCAAGCAAAUCAUUGACCUGCAUAAUCUGAUUGGUAAAGAAUAUGACGAAAAAGAAUUGUCAUGUGAAGCUGUGAAGAAUGCAAUCAUUGAUCUAAAUAGACAAUUGGACACCCUUAAGAGCAACCAUGGAGAAUAUGCUACUAAAUUAGAAAAUUUAACACAAGAAAUCGAAGAUAAGUCAAAUGCUCUGAAUCAGCUAAUCGAUUCCAUUCAGGAAUGUACUAACAUUACCUGCAGUGAAGAUAACGUGGUCGACUGUAUGAAAGCAAUACAUAAAGAGCUAUCAGAAAUGAGAAGCAGCUUGAAAGAACAAUCAUCCAAGUUGACAGAUAAUGAAGGGAUGAAAGAUAACCUUCAACUAGAGAUUGAUGUUUUGCUCGAGAAAGUGAAGAAAUUUGAAUCAUUCACUAUGAAUAUCCAUUCUUUAUUGAAAAGUGAAUCGAACAAUGCCAGCCAGAAUAAUGAUGAAAAAUCAAAUACAUUACUUGAGAGCAUUCAAAAUGCAGAAGAUCUUGAAUUGCAAGUUCAGCAACUUCUUGAGGAUACUUCAUCAUUGGUAAAACAUAAAGAGGUUUUGGAAAAAAUCUGUUCAAUUCUCAGUGACAACAGUGACGCUAUUUUCUCAAUUGAAAAUAUAUUAGAUGAGAUGACUAAGUACAAAGCUGAGUUUGUAGACAUGCAGUAUCAACUAGACAAGUUGGAAGAUUGUCAAAAACGUAUUCCGGAAUUGGAAAAACAAAUUGAAGAAAUUGGAAACAGCAACAAAGUUUUUACAGACGUUUUCGGGAGAAUUCGAGGUGAAUUGGAUGUGGCUGAAGAUGUGACUAUUGACUCGCUGCCUGGGCUCAUUAUUCAAAUGAAAAAUCAAACACUUACUUCAUCAGAUCGUCUACACAAACUUGAAGAAUUUGUUGAUAACUGUUAUACAGGUUUGAAUGUCUAUUGCGAUUUAUCAUCUGAUGAUAAAUUAGGCUCAAUUGUUAACAAAAUUCACGAUUUAGUAGUGGACAUUGAAAGUACUAAUGAAGAAAAUAUUUCCUUGAACCAGUAUAAGAAGGUUUUGCAAGAAAUAUUCCAGAUUUUCAGUGAAAAUGUGCUGUCAAUUGAGAAUAUCAUUCCAGUGCUAACUGGAUAUAAAAUGGAAUUUGGUGAGAUGAGGCUGGAAUUGGAGAGAAUGGAUGAUUGUAUGAAGCGUAUAUCAGAGCUAGAGAAUAAAGUUCAAGAAAUUGAAACUAUAAACAAGCAUUUUGCGUCUGUUUAUGAAAAGAUCCUGACUGCAUUCGUUGAUGAAGAUUUGACAGUCGAAUCAUUACCUGAGAGAAUCAUUCAAAUCAAAAAUGAAGCUAUGACUUGUUCCGAUGUUGCACUGAAACUCCAACAGUUUGUCAACAGCUGCGUGUCUGCACUGAGUGUUGGAUUCGAUGCCUCGUCUGCAAAUGAUGAUGAUAAAUUAUCAGCAAUACUAUUCGGCCUUCAACAGCUAGCUGUUGUCAAAUCAGAAUCUGUUGCAGUAAGUGAAGAAAAUGCUAUCUUGAGCAAGCAUAAACAAAUUCUGGAGAAAAUAAUUCAAACUUUGAGCGAAGAUAGUGAUGAAGUUAUCACAGUUGAGAAUAUAGUUGACGUUUUGACAAAGUAUAAAACAGAAUUUGUUGAAAUGCACGAGAAAUUGGAGAAGAUCGAUGAAAAUGCCUCAGAAGUGUCAGACCUCAAACGAAUGUACAAUACUUUUGCUCAAGUUUUUGAAAAAGUGUCAAAUGAAAUCGAAGGAUUUGACGCUGACUAUGAAAUUGAAAAGUUGCCUGAAGUUAUCAACAGAAUGAAAAAUGAAUUGAAUGAUUUGCAGCGGUUCAAAGUUGAUGUUAACAAUCUUAUGAGGAUCCCAUCAAAUGAUGAAUCAAAUGCAAUCUGUUCAUCUGAGGAAUUGAUUUCAAGUAUUAAGGAUACUGAGAAAAAAAUUGCCAGUUUGAAUGAAAAACUAGAAUCAGCACAGGAAGAAAAUAGUCGGUUGACUGAAAUCUCUAACAAUUUUGUUUUGAAACUAAAGGAAUACAUGUCGAUUGGAGGUAUAAUAAGCUCUCUGGGGUCGGAUUUGGGAUGUGAAAUGCAAACUAAGAUUGAAGAAAUUCUAGAACGCCAGAUCGAGAGUCCUGAACUGAACAAGCAAAUUGAAAAGCUGGUUGAAUUCAAUAGGUUGUAUUUAGAAUUGGAAAACAAACUUGGCACGACUAUUGAUGACAUGAAGGUGUACGAGGAUGCCCUCAAGAAACUGCAGUGUGCUGUGGGAGUUGACGAUGUGAAUAAUAUUGAAAAUGCAGUGAACGGUUUGAAGAAUGAUGCCAAUGAGUUGACCGCUUAUAAGAAUGUACUGAAAGAAAUUUCCGGACAUCUAUCAACGGAACAGGAUUCAAGCUUCUCUUCUGAAAAUAUCUUGCCAUCCAUUGUUAAUUUGAAGAACCAAAUUUCAGUCAUGACUGAAAAAAUGGAGACUCUCGAGGCCCGAAAUGCGAAAUUGAGUGAAGCCUUCGAGGACCUGGAUAGCAAGAUGAAAUACAUUGGUGACGUAGAACUGGUGCUUUCGAGUAUUUCUUCAGUUCUUGGAGUUGAAAGUAGGGAGGAAAUCUUGUAUGCCGUGGAAGAUAUGAAGAGGAAUCUCUCCGAUUUGAAGAAUGAUGCUACAAAGAUUGCUUCAGAUAAUGACACCUACCUCGAAACUAUUCAGUGUCUCUUCAAAAAGUUGAGUGGCGAAAACAUCUUGCCAUGUGAUGAGGAACUGAGAGACAGUUUGAUUUCAAAAGCUGAUUCAAUGUCAAAUGAGAUUUCACGCAUGAAAGACUUAUUGAACGGAAUAAAACAACUAUUAUCUGAUCUGAGUGAAGUUGAUCUACAAGUUGACGAUGAGGUCAAGCUGGAAGACGUCAAGAAUGCCAUCGAAGACAUCAAAAAGAAUCUGUGCGAAGUCUACGAAUUGAAAAUAGAAAAUAAGAGUAUAAAAUCCGAAGUGGAAGCAAUGAAAGAGAAGAUGCAAUCACACUUCGAAUGUGUCGACAUUGUAUUCAAUUUGUGCAAUCUGCUGAGCGAGACUAUUGGAAAAACUAUUGCCAAAUGUGAUAUUCUGAAGAUAGUUGACAGCCUGUUGCACAAUGGAACUAUUCCAUCGUUGAAUGAGAGCUCCGUUGUCGACAUGGAGGAGGCUGGUGCAAAGGUCAGUGAGAUUGAUGCAUUGAGAAAAGAACUGAGUGACUUGAAAUCGCAUUUCAACAAUCUAGCGAUUAUGUUCAAUGCUGAAGGCCUGACAGAUAGAGGUGAUCUAGUAGAAUGUGUAAAUAAUUUGAAGAAUGAUUAUGAAAAUCUUGUUUCGAAAUGCAACAGCAUGCAGUCUGAAUGUACCAACUAUAAGGAUUCUCUAACUGAUAUAAUCAAAUCUGUUUUUGAAAGUUUUCCCGAAGAGACUAGCUUGGAAGAAAGAAUUAAACUGCUCACAGAACGUUUCCAUGCACUUAAACAAGUUGAGAAUGCGCAUGGUGAAAUUGUCAAUCGCAGUCAACAGCUUGUCGAACUCCAAAAUAGCAUUAAUGAAGAACUAGGCUUGGCAAAUUCUGAUUCCACUGUGGAUACUUUGAAAGUGUUGAAGUUAGACCUGGAGAACUUUAAAAAGAAUGUUCACGAAUUACAAGUACAGCUAGAUGUUAUUUCAAGCGAAAAAGUCGAUCUAAAAGAGAAGGUAGAUUGCAUUAUUUCAGUUAUUAAGGAAAAUCCUUCUAUUGAUAGGUACGACGAUCAAGAAUGUUUUACAUUUGAUUUCUACAAGUGUAAACUUUUGAAAAUGAUUGAAGACUACAACAGUCAUGUAGAUUUCUACAAGAUUGUAUGUAACUGCUUGUCAGAUAGGGUUGAAGAUGUUUCAAAAGAAUCUGUGUGCAGUGCCAUAGCUAGUAUCAAGAACGAGAACAAUUGUUUGAAUAGAUCUCUCCAAGAAAUGAGCGCCAACAAUGAGAGAAUAAUUUCUGAUCUGAACGCUGCCUACGAAACAGUGAUGAGUAAAUUGGAACUGAGCAAAGAAAACGAGCAAACUGUAGAGCAAUUGAAAGAGUUGGUGUUGGGUGAACCUGGAGAAAUAGAAGGUGAUCUGGUACAAUCCGUCACUAAUCUGAUUGAUGAAAAAUCCAAAAUGGAUGCGCGUCUGCAGGAAAUGUUGUCUGAAAUUAGUAUGAUGAAGAGUAGCAUGACCGAUAACCAAAAUGCGCAAUCUGAAUUCAAUAAAUGUCAAUCUUUACUACGAGCAAUGCAAUCAGAACUAGAUAUGUCUGACGAGGACCAUCAUAGUGAACUGCUUGAUGCAAUCAGAGAACUUAAAUCCAAGUCCGAUCAGGCUCAACAGGAACUAUCGGCAGUCACUGAUCAACUUCGAAAAUGUACUGAAUAUCUCAACAUCGAACUUUUGAAACUCAACGGAAAAAUAGGUGAAGAUAGUAAGAAGGAUGAAAUUCUUGAAUCGAUGCAGCUAUUGUGCGGCAAUUCCUUGCUUGAACAACUCAAAUCUGACUCAACUGAGCUUGUCAACUUGUGCAAUUGUAAGCAGGCUACACUAAACAAUUUGAAGAGUGAAAUAGAUGUACUUGGUGAAACUGUGAAGAAUUUCGAUACAACGAAUAGUGAUCGUGAAGCUCUGUUCCAAAGACUUCGUCACGAACUCGAAAUACAAAGUGAGAAUAACGAAUCAGUGUUUGAUUCGAUUGCAAUGUUGAAAGACAACUUGCAACAGCUAAGAAAUGAGAAUACCUGUGUGAUGACAACCAACGAGGAGCUCAGAAAAACUUCGGAAGCCUUGAAAGUAGAACUAGAUGAGAGUGCUAAAAAUGUAGAAUUUCUAAAGAGUGAAAAGGAUAGCUUGAAUGAGCAGGUUAAAGCAAAUACAGAAACAAUCGACCAAUUGAGGGUGGAAUCACAAAACUUGAAUAUCAAAUUGUCAGAUUCAUCGACUUUGAUCGCUAGUAAAGAUGAAAUUAUUCGUGAAACGGAGACGCAAUUACUGGAAUUGAAAAAUAAUGUGGAGUGUAAUGGACAACUAGUUGAAAACUUGAAGAGUGAGAUAGCGAGUCAACAGAAAGUAAUCGAAGAUUUGAGAAAUGAGAUGAAGAGGAUUGAAUCCGUAAAAAUGAGUGAAAAUCAAGGAGAAGACAGAAUCAAAAUAGAAGAAACUUUGAAGGAGUUGAAUCAAGUGAAACAAAAAUUGGACGAUUUCAUAGCUGUUGACAAAACACUCAAGAAGAAGCUGAUUACUGAAAUAAAGAAUAUGAAAUCUGACUUCAAGCCAGGAAGAGAUGAAGAAACAUCUGUUCAGUUGCUGGACAGUUUUGUGGCCGUAGUUAUGGAGAAAUAUCAAGAGGUUAUUAUGACAUUGAAUCAAAAUUUCGAAGUUGAUAAGAAAUCAUUGAAGGAGAGAAUCAACCAACUUGAAAGCAAAGAGAAGAAAACAAAAGAAUGGAUUGAACAGCUUGAAGCUGAAACUGAUAUUACAAAUCAAGAUAUAAAUGCAAAGAACGUGGAAAUUGAAAGACUCACCGAAAUUGUAAAAAAACAUGAAAAUGAAUCGGCAAGAAAAUCUGAAGAUUUAGAAAAAAUAAGAGAGGACAUGAAAAACUGUGAAGUUGAAUUGAAUUUACUACGAACUGAAAAUAAAGAAAUGGCUGAAAAAUUGAAGGAUCAACUUUCCGAGCAAAAUCAUUCAGCCUCAGAUUCGAUGAAAUUGAGAGAGAGUCUAGACAGAGCAAUCGCAAAACAAGAUGCACUCUCAAACGAGCUGAGUAACAAGGCAAUUGAAAUCUCGCAACUCAAGUCGACUAUUGACUCGCAACAACAAGAACUAAAGAGCUACUUCAACAAACUGAACGAAAAGCAAGCACUACUCGACGAAAAGAAUUUGAUAGCUUCCAAUCUCACGGACAAGAAUGAAGCUUGUCUACAGGAGAUUGAAGACUUGAAACAAGAAUUGAAAAAGGAAAAAGACGAGUGUGAUCGACUGUCCAGCUCACUCAACACCUUGAAAGCAGAAUACAGCAAUGUCCAACAAUCGUUAGAGACCUACAUUAAGGCAAACGAAGCACUCGAAAGUAAACUUGAAGAAUUUUCCAGGGACAUGAUUGAUACAAAAGCUAUGGCUGCUAAUCUGGUGGAAUCGCUGAAAAGUGAAGAGCAGAAAGCACAAGCAAAAAUGAAAGCUUUGGAGAAAAUCAACGAGGAGAAAACAAACGAGUGCAACGAUUUGAAAACAAAAAUUUAUUUAUUUGAGAUGGAAAUGUCAAAAUAUAACUCAACGCAAGGUGAGACUCUUUCCAAGAUGAAGGAAGAAGUGGAUGCUGUAAAUAAAAUGAAUAAGGUGUUGAGUGAUAACCAGUUAGAGAAAGAAAAGUUGAUUCGUGAUAUGAAACUUGAAUGCCAUCGUCUAGAAAAAAAAGUUGCUGAUUAUGAAAUUAAAUUCGAAGAAUUUUCGAGAACCUUGUCUGUGUUACACAGUGACGUCAUUAAAAAAGACCAAGAACUAAACAAAUUGCAAAACUUGAAAGAGGAGAUAAUAAAAUUGCAGGAAUGUUUGAAAGAUGAAGAAACAAAGUGCGCUGAGUUGAGUAGUAAAAACUGUCUUCUCGAGAAAGAUCUAGUCGACCGGAUGAAUCAAAUCACCAAGCUACAGUCAGCUAUGGAAAAGUAUGAAAAAGAACUGCAAGAGGUUCGGGCCAGCUCAAACGUGGAACUCGAUCAAAUCAAGAUUCAGUUGAAGAAUAGCGAAGACGUGAUCAAUACUGUAUCAAAUAAGGCUGCCCUGCUUGAAAAACAAAUCACAAAACUGAAAAGCGAUAUUAUCUGUAAAGAUGAGGAUUUGUCCAAAAUGAGGAAAGAAGUGAGUCGGCUGUCGGUUAGUCUUGAGGAGGUAACAAAAUCCGAGCUCAGACAUCAGCCGAAAAAACUGAAACUGAACGCAUUGAAUAAAUUCGAAAAUUUUGGCUGCAACGAAAAGGAGAACGACGUGAGUUUGAAGUUGAACACAUCUCACAAUACACCGCAGCAGCAGAUCGGGGGUUGUUUGAAGUGUAGAAAGUUGGAAAAAGAAAUGGGGUUGUUGUUCAAGCCGCCUGUUGAGGGGGAUAUGCUGGUUGAGAAGAUGAAGCAAUCUCUGGUGAAAUUGGAGGAGUUUGAGAGCAAUUACAACAGUCUGCAAACCGAAUACAAAGAGUUGGACGCUGAGUGCGAGGAUCUCAACACACAAAUCAAAUCGUUGGAAACGGAGUGCACGAAUCUGGUGUACAAGAGUGACGAACUGACACAAAACUGCAACAAGUUGAAGGAUGACCAUGAGAAGGAAUUGGCGACAAAUGCUAUGUUGAAAAAGAAGAACGAAAACCUGACGAAAGACUUGGACGCAUGUGGUGUUGAGCUGGAGCGGUGUCGCGAAAUGCUGAGAGGUUCGCGUCGAGAGCGAAGCGCCGCUCUGCACGGCUCAUUCCGUGAGUCGGACAACAAGAGAUAUCAGGCGAUGGACCUGAGUGCGAGCGAAGCGCCCUCUACGCCUGUUGCCGGUGACUUCAAGUCCAUCAAGCAUCGAUGGGAGCAGAUGUCCACAAGUACGCAAAAGCAUCAACCGACUCCAAGCAAAGAAUGUCAAUGCGAGGAUCUAAUGAAGCAGAACCAAGACUUGAAAUUGGAAUUGGCUGACAAAAAUAACAAAGUAACACUUCUUGAAAUUCAAAUUCAAGGACAAAAUUUCCCCUACAAGAAAAAAGCAGCUACUCUUGAGGAAGAUCUGAACGAGGCAAAAACAAAGAUUAUGACACUGAAACAAGAAGUGCGCCGACUGCAGACGUGCCUGCAUGACGUGUCCGUGUUCCAGAGCUGCGAGACGUGUCGCAACAAGGCCAAAGCAAGCACAGCCGAAGCAGCCGUACAGACCACGGUAACCGACACUGAGGCCAGUGUUUCUGGCAGUGAAAUCAUCCAGAGGCAAUCUGUUAAUGUGCUCAAAGAGAAGACUGCAAAGUUGGAACGAGAGAAUAUGCUGCUGAAACGCUAAUAAUUAUCAAUUCUAUCUCAAAUAUAAUUACUAUAGGUCUAUGGUCUAUCCAUCAAAAAAUAC